UGUAUGUCCCUCCCCACAUAAUUACAUUUAUUAUUUCUAGUCUCUUCCAGCCCUUUUCCUCCUCUCUCUCUCUCUCUCAUACAUAUAUAAAUACACAGAUUUCGGGAUUCUUCUUUGUGAUCUGAACGAGUUUAUAGCAGGAAAAAAGCACAAAUUCCAGAGAUUAUAUAUCAUUUGGUACCUCUCAAAUCUGGCACACUUUCGCUUCAAUAGGGCGAUUUGUGGCGGCGCUUGUGGCGAGAAGCUGCUGGGAAACUCAAUCUGGCCGACCCUCCAAUCAAAUCUCCUUGUUUCUUGAGAUGGGUUAGGGCGGCCGAUGCAAGAACAACACCACCACCCGUUGAUUCUUCCAUUUCCGAUCAUCUUCUCUCCUUGUCUUUGUCUUCAUCUUUGUUCAAUUGGGUUCUGUUAUUCGUUUGGCGUCUUCCCAUUGAUUAUGGCUAACUAUUAACUUUUGACCAAUUGUGAAACUCUGCUUCUCAAGAAUCUCUUUUCCGGGUCAAUAUAUUCCAAUUUUGAGUUGAACCCAUAUCAUAAAAAAUGUCAAAAUUCAAUUGCUUCCCUGCGCUGAUCGGGAAGAACAAGAAAGAAAAGGAUGAUUACCAGAAGAAGAUCAAGACCUUGCAAGUGAGAUUUGAAGGCCAUGCAAACUCUUCAAAAUCCGAUGAAUCGAAAGCUGCUUCUUUUCGUGUCCCAGUACCGUUUGGUAUUUCAGGAAAUUCUAAGUGCAACGUCAAGGUAAUAAGCCAUGAGAGCCCUGUCAAAGGAGAGCCUACAGAAGUGUCUUACGAAGGGGAAGACGAGCAAGAAGAGAACUUGUCGAUGAAGAGGGAUAACUCGGAUUUCGAUUUCCAAUCCCAUGUUGUGGACUCAAACGAUGAAAAUGAUCAGUCAAUAAACAAAACGACAGAAUUUUACAAAUUGGGUAAAACAAUUGAUGCUGAAUUUGAGAACAAAACUAGUAAAGAUGCUGAAGAGGGUGUUGAUUUGAUCCAAAGCGGGCAUGUUAGUGAUCCGGGGAUUGGGAAAACAGAGUUCUGGGCAUCACCAAACCUCAAGCGUUCGUGUUCUAACCUGGAAACGAGGGACGUGCUGACGAAGAUACGUGAUCAUUUGCACCCUUCGAAGAGUCAGUCUUUCGAAGAGUUGCAGAGAUUAGCUGAUAGAUUUCAGGAGGAUAUGCUUCCUGAAAAUCCAGGAAGCCCGAGGUCAGUGAUGACCCAUUAUAGUGCCGAUAAAGUGAUGUUGAAGAAGCAUUCUUCGAGCCAAGUACUGCCCUCUCGAAGUAGAAGACUCUGGUGGAAGUUGUUUCUCUGGAGCCACAGGAAUCUGCACAAGCCGUGGUCUACAAAACCGCAGACGAUUCCAAUCAAAUCUAUUUUCAACCAGCAAGGUGGGUACUGCUCGGAUGAUCUGGAACCAAACAGAGCUUUGGAGUCAGAAAAGAUGAAAUCGCCUGAAUUGUUAACCAGAAAAUCAAUGAAGGGUGGUAACAACAAUGAUAACCAGAGUUGGGAUGGCUUUCAUGGCGGAGUUUCUGGUUUCUUGCCACAGAACCAGUGGGUUGCUUUCUCUACAGAAUCACCAUUAACGAGGGUGGAUGAGUGGGUAAAAGAACUCGCAAUCCAACAACCUCCACUCCCGGUUUAUGAUGAUGACGACGACAAUGACAAUGACAAUGAAAUUGUUUUCCCACAAUCUCCAGAAACUGGAAAAUCACCAACAAGCACAUCUCAUCGGCAUCCAAAUGUGAAUAUUUCGGAGGAGAUUUUAUACGCCGACACUGUUAUCCAGUCUCUAAAUUCCUCCUCGACAGUGGCUCACAUCGCAGGGAUCGGAUUAAAAGUUAUCCCGACCCUUGCACAGUUCUCCAGUCUUCGAUCUGUCAACCUAUCAGGCAACUCAAUAGUUCAUAUCACUACUGGGUCUCUGCCAAAAGGUCUCCACACUCUCAACAUGUCCAAAAACAAAAUCAGCACAAUCGAAGGCUUCAGAGAAUUAACUCGGUUGCGUGUCCUAGAUCUCAGUUACAACCGCCUCUCUCGAAUUGGGCAUGGUUUGUCAAACUGUACACUUAUUAAGGAGCUUUACCUCGCCGGAAACAAGAUCAGUGAAGUUGAGGGGCUGCAUAGAUUCUUGAAGCUGACUGUCCUAGACUUGAGCUUCAACAAGUUAACCACAACAAAGGCACUUGGCCAGCUUGUAGCCAACUACAACUCCCUGCUAGCUCUGAAUCUGUUGGGGAACCCAAUCCAGAGCAAUAUCAACGACGAACAACUGCGCAAGUCAGUUUGCGGUCUUCUCCCGAAGCUAGCAUACCUGAACAAACAGCCAAUUAAUCCACAGAAGGCACGGGAGGUGGCCACAGAAAGCAUUGCCAAAGCUGCACUUGGCAACAGCAGUUGGAACUCCCGCAGAAAAUCAGUAAAAAGGGUGAGCCAAGGUGGAUCCAGUGGGCACAGGAGUAGCGCCGGUGUUGAGCAGAGAAGGCAGCAGAGAUCAAAAAGCCGAACUCAUCACCAGCCAUCAGCCCUAAAGAUGAAGUCAUCUGAACAAGCUUCAUCUUCCCGGUAAAUGUUUCCCAUUUCUUGGGGAAUUUUACCUUGAAAUCAAGUUAACUUUUUUGAAGUGGGAGUUUUCUAUGCUUUCAUUUUCUCAUUGGAACUUUGUGCACAAGCUAGACACAUUGAUAAAGUUGCAUUUUAUCUAGGUUUGCUUUAAAACAUCAGAUCUCUGUGAGCAUGAGCAUAGAUUAGCUUGGCUCAUGUUCUCACAGGAAAAAACAGCAUGAGGAAUUGAAUUUUGAAGUGAAUUAUUGUACUCUAAGCCAUAAGAACCUGCAAUGGUGAAAUAUUAUGAUUUUGUUUAUACA